GCUGUGGGAAGACAGGAGGGUUAUGAAGUCACAAGUGUGGGGGUCAGCUCUGCUCUCCAUCCGUGUCAUGGACAGAGCCUCCCCUGUCUGGCAUCCUGCAGCCCCCAUGCACCCAGUAUGCCCAGGGCUGGCCCUCCAGCCUCCACCGUGUAUGAGCCAGGCCCUGGGGCACUGGCACCCUUCACUUACCAUCCAAUGGCACCUGCUGCGCCUGGUGAUGGUGCUGGGGUGCUCCGUGCCCAGGCUCGCCGUCCUGGGCCAGCCCAAACCCCAGGGGGGCAGAGGGCACAGCAGGGCGUGCUGAGGCGAAUUGGAACAGGUGUCUGAUGAGUCUGGCUCCCCGGUGCGGUAGGGUGGGGAGCUGGUGUGCCAAGCACCCUGAGGCUGCCCUCCUUGAACGGAACAACCACGGCAAGGAGACGGAGCCCACGGGGAGAGAUGAGGGGUGGUGGUGGACGCGGUACAUCAGUACGGAGCUGGGCAUCCGGCAGCGGCUCUUUGUGGGCGUGCUCACCUCCAAGAGCACGCUGAACACGCUGGCUGUGGCCGUGAACCGCACGCUGGGGCAUCGGCUGGAGCGGCUGGUGUACUUCACAGGCACGCGGGGCCGCAAGGUGCCGCACGGCAUGACGGUGGUGACGCAUGGCGAUGAGCGGCCCAUCUGGAACAUGUACCAGACCAUCAAGUACAUGCUGGACCACUACGUGGGCGACUUCGACUGGUUCUACCUGGUGCAGGACGACACCUACACCGAGGCCCAUCGUGUCAGCCGCCUGGUCGCCCACCUCAGCAUCGACACCCUCCUCUACCUGGGCCGGCCUGAGGAGUUCAUUGGGGGCGACACCGAGGGGCGCUACUGCUACGGUGGCUUCGGCUACCUGCUCUCCCGCAGCCUGCUGCUGCGCCUGCAGCCCCACCUGGAGAACUGCCGCAACGACAUCCUGAGCGCCCGGCCCGACGAAUGGCUGGGGCGCUGCAUCAUCGACUACACGGCCAUCAACUGCAUGGAGGAGCACGAGGGCCUACGGUACCAGUACUUUGAGCUGGGGAAGAACACGGACCCGGAGCGGGAGAGCGACCCCCGUUUCCAGAGCGCGUUCACUGCCCAUCCUGUGCUGGACCCUGUCCAGAUGUACAGGUUGCACAAACACUUUGCCCAGGUGGAGCUGGAGAGGACCUACCAGGAGAUCCAGCAGCUCCAGCUGGAGAUCCAGAACACCAGCAGCCUGUCCGCAGACGGAGACCACGGCGCCACGUGGCCUGUCGGCAUCACCCCCCCGUUCCAGCCCAAGACGCGCUUCGAGGUGCUGCGCUGGGACUACUUCACGGAGGAGCAGUUGUACUCGUGCAUAGAUGGCUCCCCCAAGUGCGAGCUGCGCGGCGUGGACAUGGCUGACGUGGCCGACGUGGUGGCCAUAGCCAUGGAGGAGCUGAACCGCAAGUACCAGCCCGUGCUGCACAUCCGCAAGCAGCAGCUGGUGAACGGGUACCGGCGCUUCGACCCCACGCGGGGCAUGGAGUACAUGCUGGACCUGCAGGUGGAGGUGGUGACGCAGAAGGGGCACAGCCGCUCGGUCGUCAAGCGUGUGCACCUGGUACGCCCCCUCAGCGAGGUGGAGAUCAUCCCCAUGCCCUACGUGACUGAGGCCAGCCGCAUCAACGUCAUCCUGCCGCUGACCGCACAUGACCGGGACCAUGCUAGCCACUUCCUGGAGGUGUACGCGGCGGCCGCCUUCGAGAGCAGUGAGAACGCCGUGCUCACCUUCCUCUUCAUCUACGACCCCUUCGAGGCCCAGCAGGUGGCACAGAAUGACGUCUUCGCUCCGGUCAAGGCCAGGAUCGCCGAGUACGAGCGCAAGUACGCCGAGGUGAAGAUCCCUUGGAUCAGCGUCAAGACAGACGCGCCCUCCCAGAUCAAGGUCAUGGACAUCAUCUCCAAGAAGCACCCCGUGGACACGCUUUUCUUCGUGGCCAGCGUGGACACCGAGGUCACCACCGACUUCCUGAACCGCUGCCGCAUGAACACCAUCAACAGCUGGCAGGUCUUCUUCCCAGUCCACUUCCAGGGCUACAACCCGGCCAUCGCCUACCACAACCAGGCGCCGCCCGCUGCCCUGGAUCUGAUGCGAGACGCUGGGCGCUUUGACCGAGACAUCUUCCACGAGGCCUGUUUCUACAACGCCGACUACAUGGCAGCGCGCACCCGCAUGGCAGGCGACGCGCAGGAGAACGAAGACAUCUUGGAGACCCUGGACAUCUACGACAUGUUCAUCAAGUAUUCCAACCUGCACGUCUUCCGGGCCAUGGAGCCCGCCCUGCUGCAGCGCUACCGGCAGCACGUCUGCAACCCCCGCCUCAGCGAGGAGAUCUACCACCGCUGCAUGCAGAGCAACCUGGAGGGGCUGGGCUCCCGCUCUCAGCUGGCCAUGGUGCUCUUCGAGCAGGAGCAGGGCAACAGCACCUGCUCUGCUGGCUCUGGUGGUUCUUCCCCUCCCGCAUGGUGCAGCGGGCACGCUCCCUGCAGACCGUGGGCUGGGUGGGGGAUGGGCUCAGACCAUCAGCUCUAGACUAGUGCUGGCACUGGCCGGGCUGGGGCGCUGAGGGGGGACCUGUGAUCUCCUGGGGCUGGAGAGACUCCCCUGGGAGCUGGUUAGAGGAUGGGGCUGGGAGUCAGGCCACCUGGGUUCUGAUCCCAGCUCUGCUCUGGACCCUGGCUGGUCUCAGUGUCUCCCUCCCCCCUCUUUCCAUGGGGCAGUGAUACUGAGCAGCCCCUGGGAGGGGGCUUCAUGGGGGCUGGGCAGGGCCCCAGGGCAGGUCCAGGGUUUGCUCCAAAACCUCUGCUCCCAUGAAAUGGCCCUGGAAGGCUGGGAGUGGCUGGUGGAGGAGGCAG